ACUGUCCUGCAAAUCAUCAAUCAAGUAGCAACUAUGGCGCAAGUCGAUGGCCAUGCUCUCGAGGUUCUUGGCGAGGACCUUUGGGCGCGCCUCACGCCUGAGCUCAUCCAAGAGAUCACUAGGUACUUGCAUCCUAAUGAAGUAAUUAGCAGCGUCAAACUGCUCAACCGGGAGACCACGGAAUGCCUCCGCGACAGCACUCGCACUUUCGUUCUGGGCUGCAAACAAGGGGACCGAGUAUGGAAUCCUGAAAAGCCACAUUACGCGGAGCAGCCCUGGCCGGGCCGGGACUUUGUGGCGCACUGGGGCGGGCCCGGCCCCUGGCGCAGCCUCAGCCUGGCCCAACGUCACAGGCUGCUGUGCCUAGCGGCCUCGUCGGGCCACCUGCCCAGCCUGGACGCGGCGCUGGCGCAGUGCGGCUGCACUCUGACCUCAGGGGCUCUCGCUUCAGCAGCGGCCGGCGGCAGCGUGGCGGCUUGCGAGCGGCUGCUGGGCGCGGGCGCUCCGGCGAGUUGCGAGGCCUAUGGACAGGCAUGUGUGGCAGCAGCGGCGGGUGGCCACGUGCCCGUGCUGCGGCUGCUGCUCGACCGCACAAGGCUAUCAAAAGCAGAGUCAUCGUACACCACAAGCUGCACGGCGGCAGCACGGGCGGGCCAGUUGCCGGCGCUGCAGCUGCUGCUGGAUUCACCAGCAAGCGGUGCUGUCCGUGCACGGGUCCUUCGGGAAGUUGCUGCUGGCGCCUUCGCGGGCGGGCAGCUGGGAGUCGUCGUCUGGCUGCUGAAGGCGCGCGGCUACAUCCCCAGCCUGAGAGACGCCGUAGCGGCGGCGCGGGGGGGUCAGGUGGCGUUGUUGGAGCAGCUUCUGUCGCCGCUGGUUCUACAGCCGGACCGCUUGGAAUCUGAGUUGGCAUCUGGCGGAAAUGCCGCAAAGCAGCCCCUAUACCGGAGGUGGAUAGUGCUUGAAGCUAUCACCGCCGGCUGCCCUGUGGAGGUCCUGCAGCGGCAUUACGACCGGCUGUGGUCGCUGCAGGCGAGCGAGGACGCAGAUGAAGAUCCAAAUUUUCACAUACGGCGGGGACUUCUGGGGGCAGUCGCCUACAGCGACACGGCCUGCUGGGGCCGUAAGCUGGACUUUUUCAUGUCGGCUUGGGGCCCAGACGUGGUGGCGCGCGAGCUGCAGCAUAGAUUCAGUCUUGGAGCUUUCUACGGUGCUGCGGCGUUGCGACCAGACUACGCGCAGCGGCUGCGGCGCCUGCACGCAGCGGGUAUGCCAAUGGCAGUGCACGCGCUGAGGCAUGCAGUCACACUCGGGCACGUCGACGCGCUCACGUAUCUUUUGGACGAGGCCAGUGCGCCCGCAGCAGCCAUGGAGACGGCAUUUGGGAAGCACUCCGUGUGCUCGCAGCAUCGUGCGAACUUGCAGCUGUUAAGGUUGCUGAAGGAGCGUGGCUACACUUUUACAGCAACAGACGUGAAGGCGGCAGCAUCACACAGCUGGCCGGAUGAGCCACUGAUUGCGCUGAUUCAGAUGGCGGUGGACGGUGGCUCAGAAGACGCCAAUGGCAGCGACUGGUCAGCAGCAUUCAAUUAUGCAGCCAUCGGCGGAGCCAGCACUUGCGUUCUGCAGGCGCUGCGGGCGCGCGGCGCGGCUGUGGACCUGGCGGCGGUGGCGAAGGGCGGCAGCGAGGAGGCACUGGACUGGGCGGCGGCGGAGCUGGAGGCGCAGGGGCAGGGAGGCGGCUCUGAUGGUGGUGCGCUGCUGAUCUCGCUGGGCAAGGCCGAUGCAAAGUACAUUUAUGCGCGCGGCAACCUCGCCGCACUGCGCUGGCUGCACCGGCGCGGACUGCUGGACUGCUGCAGUGUGAGCUGGCUGGCUGGCCGCGUGGAGCUGGGGGUGGCGCCUGCAGCAGCCGGAGGGGUCGAGCACGGAGCAGGGGUGUUGGUGGGAGCAAACGCCUCGAGGGAUGGGGUAGGACCAGUCGAAGUGGUGGCGGGGACUGGGGGGGCUCUUGGGCGGAUAGCCAAAUGGGUGCAUUGGGUCUGGCGCGUUGGCGGUGCUGCGGAUCGAUGGACGCCGGCUGCUGGGUCAGGUUGGUGUCAUUGGUGGCCUCGUGUGGCCUAUGGGUGAGCCUUGUCGUUCGGCUGUGGCUGUAUGGGUCUAUCAGUGAGUGACGGCUACCUUGAAGAGCUCGUGCACAGGGGUGCGGGGGGCUAGUGGCGUUUAGGAUGCCGGUGCUGGUAGGUAGGUGCGGGGGGCAAGGAGACGGCCACCCAGCUAGGCACCCUAUUCGGCAGCGGCAAGGAGACGGCCGCCCAGCUGGAGGGCAUCCGCCGGGGCGGCCGCAAGCGCCUGAAGCAGACCAACCCGGUCUACUACUCGGGACGCGCCAUGCACCGGGGGUGCGGGAAGAUGAUCACCAUCAAGGAGGCGGUCUGGGAGCCCAGCCGCGGGAUGGUCACGGUGUGGUGCAAGCAUUGCCACGCGAGCACCUCGUUCAGCAUUAAGAAUUGGGGCCUGAAGAAGGUGAAGGAGUUGAUCGACCUGUGUCACAGUGAGUAGCGUAUCGGCCAGUGGGCGGCUAUGGUGAAGGGGGUGGGGUAAAAGAUAAGGCAUUUGUUUGCGAGGGGCGCAGGCCAGGCAAAGUUGUCGGGCGCUUCAACUUCUCAAAUUGAUGAGGACAAGGAGGAAACGUGUGAUAUUACGGAGGUGGCAGUGUGAAACGGGUGCAAGUUUACGGGCGCGGAGGUUCCGUGCUUGGGGCAGAGCACAGGACAAACGCUCACCGGGAAGGGGGGGGGGGACACGGUCUUGGUCUUGACACGGUCAGCGGUCAGAGGCACCAAUGCCGUCACCAUCCCGU